UAGAAGAUUCUAGAAAAGAGAUUCUAGAGCAGAGACAGACUACUUCAAGUGAACUUUAUGGACCUCAGAUAGACUCCCCCCACCCAGACCAGGAAGUUUGGGGAUUCUCAAUCACAGGAGGAAGAGAAAGUGAAAGAUCAAAGAUGUUGGGUUAGAAGGAUGGUGGGCACAGUUGGCAAAGCAGGAGUAAUAAAGUGAAGCAGCCCCGAGACUGUGCUUUCCUGCCUGGUAAUCAGGAGAAAGGGAACCAGAAACAGAAGCUGAUUUAUCAGCCCAUCACUUUCUGCUCGUAGAAGUCAGACAGUAGAGACAGAAGAACAAGCUGUUCCUUGACACCGAGAGCCUGGGGCAUGAUGAACAUGGUCACCUCUCUACCAAUGGGCUACCAGGGACAGAGGCUUUGCAGCUCACCAAAGAGAGACUUUGAUGACAAGGAAGCUCUGGUUUCUGAACAUAAACUAAAAGAAAAGGGAAAUUUUCGUCAGUCCUCUGCUAUUUUUAAUGUUGUCAACUCAAUCACAGGAUCAGGAAUAAUAGGGUUACCGUAUUCAAUAAAUCAAGCUGGUCUUCCUUUAGGAAUACUACUUUUAUUUUGGGUCGCUUAUGUGACAGACUUUUCCCUUAUUUUAUUGAUAAAAGGAGGAGUCCUUUCUGGAACACAUAGCUAUCAGGCUUUGGUCCACAAAACAUUUGGUUUUCCAGGGUAUCUACUCCUCUCGUUGCUUCAAUUUUUAUAUCCUUUCAUUGCUAUGAUUAGCUAUAACAUAAUAACAGGAGACACUCUAAGCAAAGUUUUUCAAAGAAUUCCUGGAGUUGAUCCUGGGAACUUUUUCAUCGGCCGCCACUUCAUUAUUGGGCUCUCCACAGUUGCCUUUUCCCUUCCUUUAUCCUUGUUCCGUGACAUAGCAAAGCUGGGAAAGGCAUCCCUUAUUUCUGCAGUUUUAACUGCAAUGAUCCUGAUAUUUGUAAUUAUUAGGGCGUUUACCCUAGGUCCAUACAUAACAAGAACAGAAGAUGCCUGGGUUUUUGCAAAGCCGAAUACAGUCCAAGCAGUUGGUGUUAUGUCAUUUGCAUUCAUUUGCCACCAUAACAGCUUCUUAAUUUAUGGCUCCCUGGAGGAACCCACUGUGGUUAAAUGGUCUCGAGUCAUUCACAUAUCAGUUGUGAUUUCUAUAUUUAUCAGUGUCUUAUUUGCUACCUCUGGCUAUCUGACAUUUACUGGCCAUACACAAGGAGAUUUGUUUGAAAAUUAUUGCAGAAAUGAUAGCCUUAUUAACUUUGGACGAUUUUGUUAUGGGAUCACUGUCAUUUUGACUUAUCCAAUUGAAUGUUUUGUGACCAGAGAGGUAAUUGCUAAUGUUUUCUUUGGUGGGAACCUUUCAAAAAUUUCCCAUGUUAUAGUGACAACAGUCAUCAUUACUAUGGCUACACUAGUGUCACUGAUGGUUGAUUGUCUUGGGAUCGUGCUGGAGUUCAAUGGUGUCCUCUGUGCUGCUCCACUUAUUUUUAUUAUCCCAUCAGCUUGUUAUCUGAAACUCUCUGAAGAAAGAUGGAUCCACCCAGAUAAGAUUAUGUCCAGUGUGAUGCUUUUAAAUGGUGUGGUUGUAAUGGUAGUUGGUUUUGUCAUGACAAUUCUGUAUCCCCAAGACUGUAGUCAUGGACAGGAAAUGGCCUAUUGCUCAUUCACAAAUGCCUCUUUCUUUAAUAUCUCAUUCUCUUCUCUUGAUCCAACAAUACAGUCAUCUGUUUUGAAUAUUAGUACUUUCCAGUAAUCUAGUUGCUAAUAAAAAUAUGAUAUAUUUUAUGUGACCUAUAAGAUUUGAUAUAUGUAAUUAUAUUUCUCUCUGUUGCCUCAUCUUGUGUUCAGGAGAUUCCUUUUUGUACCCUGGCCUUUAUUCAGAUUUCAGUUUCUUUUAUAUUGUAAGGCACUGCCUCUCUUUUGAAUAAAGUAGAUUUGGCUGAAUUUUGAUUUUGCAGUAGGACAUAAGUCUUUGAAUGAUUGUUAAAAAUAGUGUGAGAACGUGAGUCUUUAAAAAAAUCUCCUAGCUCCCCCAAAUGAUCAUUUCUUCUUAAUAUGUGAACUAACACAUUGUUCUCUGAAAUAAGGAAUGGAAAGUAAGAUUUCUAAUUCUUUUGUCUUCAUUUAAAAUUUUCAAGACCAAGUCUUUAGAAGAAAAGAAAAGACAAAGUAAAGGCCAACAAAAAUAUCUACAUUGAAGGUUAGAUGGAAAUUCAUUAUAAUGCUCAGUGAUUUACCUCCUUUUGUGUAAAAUGAUAAAAAUAAACUACUCUGUUCUAUUUUGUGGA